CCUGAUAUAUGCAAAAAAGUUGAUCUUUUCCGAAAUGCUGGUUUUUCUAAAUUGUAUGAUUUCUCUUUCAGCAUUUGUAACGCGGUUUACAUCUGCAACGAAUAAACACUUAAUCAAUAUAGGCAGGGACUGCAUUACUAAUGUACCGGUAGGCAAUUGGACAUGAAAAGCUGCUUCCAAAGAUGGAAAUAAUGGCGACCGCCUGUGCUCGAUUAGCAAUGGUAUGAACCUAUGGUAACGACAAUCGGAACUGCGAUCACUGCUGGAUUCGUUGUGUUUGCAUCGCAGUGCUAAUGUGGACGUUUGCAUCUCAGCCUUUGUCCGGUUAUAGACGCCAUGUUCUCUUUCAGGAGCCUCACUUUCACGGUAGUCUGAAACCAUAGGAAAAUAUUUGGUCGCCAUUUUGUUGUCUACUUCAAGGGUCAUUGUGAGGGUUUUUAGUUUUUCCACACAUCCUUCGGGAUGGGGGAAACGAAAAUUAUCUAUCAUAUAGAUGACGAGGAUACCCCCUACUUAAUAAAACUCCCUGUUCCUGCGGAUCGGGUAACGCUCGGGGAUUUUAAAAAUGCGCUCAACCGACCAAACUACAAGUUUUUCUUCAAAUCUAUGGAUGAUGAUUUCGGGGUGGUGAAAGAAGAAAUAAUUGAUGACGAUGCCAGACUGCCCUGCUUUAAUGGAAGAGUUGUUUCCUGGCUUGUUCCUGCUGAGAGUAGUGCUUCAGACACACAGUCUCAGUCAGGAGAUGUCCAUAUGCCAACAGAACGAGUAGGAGGUAUUGGAGACAGCCGCCCACCUUCCUUUCAUGCAAAUGCCUCAGUAGUCAGUCGAGAUGAACCUUGUGAUACCUGCACAGAAUCUGAGUCUGUUCUAAGUGGAGCCAGGCGUGUUCCAGCUCGCAUCAAUGGGCACUCAAAACAUGAGCGACAUCACCAUCAUCGACCUGAACGAGGCCACUAUGAGACAUCCACCAUGAUGAGCAGCGACUUAGAGACAACUAGUUUCUUUGACUCAGAGGAUGAUACAGCCAGCAGGUUCUCAACAGUGACAGAUACAACAACCAGCAUGGCCUCAAAGUAUGGCCGUCACAGACGCAGGCGGCGGCGACAUCGACCGCCCCCAAUCAGUAGGGUGGGUAUUAACAAGGCAUCGUCUUUCAGCAGUAUCACUGAUUCUACCAUGUCUCUAAACAUUAUCACUGUCACCUUAAACAUGGAUACAGUCAAUUUCCUAGGUAUCAGCAUUGUGGGCCAGAGCAACAAGGGUGGAGAUGGUGGCAUAUAUGUAGGAUCCAUCAUGAAAGGGGGAGCAGUGGCCCAAGAUGGACGAGUGGAGCCAGGUGAUAUGAUUUUGGAGGUCAAUGGCAUCAGCUUUGAGAACAUGAGUAACGAUGAUGCUGUCAAGACACUCAGGGAAGCCGUCCAAAAACCUGGUCCCAUCACGCUGGUUGUAGCCAAGUGUUGGGAUCCAAACCCAAAAGGUUACUUCACAGUGCCAAGGCAAGAACCAGUACGGCCUAUUGAUCCAUCAGCAUGGGUUGCACACACAACAGCACUCAGAGAGCAGUAUAUGGGGCGCAGUGGUCCAAGUGCUCCCUCCAUUUCCAACAUGACCUCUACUAGUUCCUCCCUUACUAGUUCUAUACCUGAGUCAGAAAGAUUCGAUGAUCUCAACCUGACAAUAAAUACAGACAUGGCAACAGUGGUCAAAGCUAUGGCACAGCCUGAUUCAGGACUGGAAAUUCGAGACCGCAUGUGGCUCAAAAUUACAAUACCAAAUGCUUUCAUAGGGGCUGAUCUGGUAGAUUGGCUGUUUACCCAUGUAGAGGGUUUUGCUGAUAGAAGAGAUGCUCGUAAAUAUGCCUGCAAUUUAUUAAAGUCUGGUUAUAUUCGGCAUACAGUCAACAAACUUACCUUUUCUGAGCAGUGCUAUUACGUCUUUGGAGACUAUUAUGGUGGUCCACCUGUGUACCCAGAUUUAAGUGCUAUGAGCUUAGAAGAUGUUGAUUCUGUGUCGGAGGCUGACCGCGACACUUUAGCACCACUGCCUCCUCCAGCAUGGAAUAAUCAGUAUCCCUACUCUUCUGCGUCGUUCCUGCCACACAACUUAGCCUACAUCCCUCCUCAUGCAUACACCUCUGCUGACUCCAAUAGCUAUGUCGGAAGCUUUGUAGAUGGUGCCACGCCACUGCCAGCUCCACCAUCAGUAACCGGAGGCGGUGGGAAUGGGAGCGCUGGGAGUGUGCAUAGUACUUCAGUCACCACAAAAGACUGUACUUGUUUAAUCACGACGUACAAUCAGUUACGCAAACUGUGGGAGAACAAGGAAAAGCAAAAUGAGCUGUCAAAGAUGGCCUCUCAGCACAACAGUGGUGCCCCCUAUUUGCCAUCAGGGGAACUCCCUCACCUGCAUGCCAGCAUGCGUGGUUCCAACUGUAGUUUAGGAAGCAGCCAUUCAGGGAGCAGCAAGAAAGAAGGAAAAGAGAAAGGAGAACGCAAAUCUGUUUCCCCAAUGGGAAGUGGCAGUGACUCAGAUGCAGCCAGUCUUGUCAGUGGUCGGCGAGUGCAGCCAGGUGAACGACCUGGAGCACCCCCAACCAACCUUGGGGCCCUCCCUCCUGAACUGUCAGGCAGUCGGCAGUCAUUUCGUAUGGCCAUGGGCAAUCCAUGUGAGUUUUUUGUUGAUGUCAUGUGAGGUGGUUCUUAUUUCUUUGACACUGUGUGUAGGUGCAGCACAUUAUAGAUCAUCUGUGCCAUCAGGAAAAAUGACAGUGCAUUUGUGUUGUGAACUGACUUCGGAAGCGUUUUUUUUUUUAAAACCUGCUUUCUACUGGAAUGACAUCUGUGCUUCUUAUUUUUAGAUUUUUUUUAUUACCAUUUCUUUUUAAGUUUUACAAAGUUUGCACGCAAGGAGGGGAAAAAUAGAUCUAGCACCAAACAAACUGAGGCUGAGUGAUGGUUAUUGACACAAGGUCCUGCAAAUGAUCCUGCAUGUGUAUGAAGGGGCAAUGAGCAUGUCAGUGACUUGUGGGCUGUUGAGUGAACCUGUUCAAGAAGUCUCAAAUGCAGUGUUGAUAUAACUCUGUUUGUGCAAGUGUGUUGCAGCAUGCAGCAUUUCAACUUUUAUUUGAUGCAGAUUUGUAUGUCCUAAUCUUGCCAAGUUCUUUUGGUCAUGUCUGUCUCAUUUUCUCGGUCUGAAUUAUUUCUGACCAUGAAAAUCUGUCUCUUUUGCUUUUUUCUUGAAGACAAGCCAGUGAAAUUAUUGAUCACAAACUAUAAAGCAACUAUAAGGACUUUGCUGUUAAAGUAUUUUUAAUAACCUGGAAUUUCUUUUUUUUUUUGGGGGGGUGGUGGUGUUAGGAACAUAAAAGAAUUGUAUGGUAUUAAUAAGGACCAUGAAUUUAUUGUGAACUGAAAAUUUGUGAGCAUGGAAUAGGGUUCCUAGGGCUUUUUUCCAAUUUUUAAAAUUUAAUAGUGUAAAACACACAUAGAUAUAAAACCAAGUUCAACCAUUGCAGUGUAAUAAGCAGCCCAAUAUUUUCAUGGUCUUUCAUAUGCCAUUGUUAUCGUUAUAUCUCUUGGAUGCAAUAUCUCUUUUCAGUUCAUCUUAUUGUAAGCCACAUUUUUUAACAUUUUUUUUUUCGUGAAAUGUAUUUGUGUAAAGAUAUUCCUGGUCUGUAUGAUCAUUUUCUGUGUGUUUUCUUUUUUUGUGCAUAUGUAUUAAGUGAACUGUGCUUUGUACAUUCAACUGCAGAUGCUUGCUAUGUAAAGGUCAAGAAAGUAUAUCUUUGAUGCUUUUUAUAUAGUUCUGUGAAGCUCUCUAUCAUUUCCACUUGACAGCUCUUCAGAUGUAAAAUGUAGAGGUGCAGCUUAUGGCUGCAGUUGAUCUGAAUCUCUUUUUUUUAAUUCGUUACCGGUUAGCCUGUCAACUUCUUUGUAAUAUAGCGUGGACAAAUAUAAGAACGUUGGCAUCAUGUUGAACUUGGGGGGAGUGUGAAAGAGUGAGCGAAUGACAGAAAAUGAAAGCAUUAGGGGAAUAUAAGGUAACCUUACUAAUGAGUAUAAAACAGCAUUACGAAAAAAGCAUUAGUGCAGCAAGUGUCUUUGCUGCCAUCCUUAAUGGUUAUUCACCAAAAGCAAAGCUUUAAUUUACAAACAAGUAAUGUUUUUAGUUCUUUUAUUUUCUUUGUUUAUUUUUUUAAAAAAAGGGGAGACUGCAUUCUUUAGAUUUUUUAAACUCACAAUUGAUCUUGUAUUUACUAACCUUUUAAGUAAUUUUCUUAUAGGAAAACUUUGGAAGUUUCUCCAUGUGAAGUUUUUGCAGCAAAAUGAUAUUAGUAGCAUCAUUUCACAAAAUGUUAUGAUAUUCUUUUGUGAAGGAUGCAAAGUUCUUUGUCAUUCAUAUUUCUUCUGAAUUAUGGUUCAAGAAUGCAGCCUCAAAGGAUGUAAAAUACAGUUUAAACUGUGGAAGAGAACUUAGUGUAUUAACUUUUUAAGCAAUAAUUUCUGCUUAGAUUUUAUCAUAACCAGAUUAUUUUCUUAAUGACAGGCAUAUUUUUUUUUUAAAAGUGGUUAGUAUAAAAUGAGGUAUUUUAGGAUGGUGUUACAGAAUGUUUCAGUUGUCUACUUUUAAUUAAGGCGUCUUUAUCGGAAUAGCUAGCUCUCUCCUGUUUUAAAGAAAGGUUGUCUUUCUUUUUUGUGGACUAUAUGGCUCAUAAGUUAACCUGGUUCUGUCAUCGUUUCUUUUUCCAUUUUGUUUCAUGUGGCUUUAUGCAUGAUUGGAUUGUUUGAUACAAAAAGGAAUGGUAGUUUCUGUUAGAAAAUUGGUGUCAUUUUAGUCAUUAAUUGCAGUAUAUAACUACUUGCUUCCUAACCUUUGAUGGCCAUUUGUUCUUGAAUCUUAUGUUCAGCCAACAUAAGCAUGCCUUUUCUGACAGAUCAUUGCUAUUAUAUUUAUUGUAGCCCUGAUAGAAGCAGAGGAUAUAGAGUGAUUGCCGCCUUCUCCACUCCAUCGCUCGCUCACACGCUCACUCACUGUGCCGGCCCACAAGUGAUGGCGGUGGGUUUUUUUGGCAUGCAGGAUGUCAGCCUGGAGAAGAGAGGCCAAGUAGUGAGUGGAGCAGCCAUGGUGCUGAAGUGAACUGACUGCCAUCCACUUGGUAGCACCUUGUGUGGAGUUGGCUUCCUGUACUAGCAUACCAAAAUCAGUGCUAAUCAUCACUGCCAUGUGGCACUACUGACCGUUGCUUCUGAGUUUGCUUUGUCUCAAUGUAGUGGUUCUGCUCAGCCUCAGAUUAAAAUCGCUUCAGUCUUCUUGCCUUGCAUCACUCCAGUCCAAUAAUAACAGCAUGUGACGAUGCUUUGCCUCUGCUGCACAUUGAGAGUGUUUGCAAGUGUGGGGUGGACACUCUUGCCUAACAAAGUAUCAGAGCCUGCUGAUGUGCUUGUAUUCACCUGGUCACCGGACGGCUGUUGUGAAAGCAGUGCUGCAAAGUAAAGUUGCUUUCUUCCUCAGCAGAUUGUGAGACGCGUCAGCUCCAAGCGACAGCAGAGCCCCCAACUCCCCACCUCCCUAAAAUCUCAGUUAUUCAUUACCAUGACAACAGCCAGUGGUUAUUCAAGCAUUUAUCUUUGCUGUAGCUUUGCCAGGCAAAUGCAGCUGUUGAACAAGAUUUAUCAUCAGUGUCUGACAUCAAGGGGAGAACCAUUUUGUGACAGAGAAGUAUCAGUUUUGUGCUUUUGUUUACCGUUCCUUCCAGUCAUGAAGCUACUUGUCUCCAUAAGUUUGGCUCAUGAAUCAGCAUAUUCACUCAGGGCAGUGCCUGGCUGCAUGUUCUCCCAAAGAGAAAAAGUAGUCCCCUUCCCUCAUAAAUAAUCCUUUGCCCCAAAGGGGGUGGGGGAAAUGUGGAAAGAAAAUGAGCAGUGGAUCAUGUUUUCUGCUUUGUUUUGGUUUGUACCUUCAACAUGGAGUGAUAUCUUCAAAGGGUAAAAGACAGCACUUCCAGCUUUUUUAAAAAUAAAACGUGUCUUUAAAUGUGUCACAGAAACUAUUUCUACAUGAAAUGUGCAGAAGCUGGUAUGGCUGUCCUACAGCAUUGUCUUUCCAUAUACACAAAAAUGACAAAACUGCAGUUUUUAUGGUGCCGAGCUUGGUCAGAAAAGCUCUGAUCCAGACAAAUAUUUUAGUUUACCGUGUAAGAAAUAGGAUGUGUUUAAGUUAGAGUGCAUUGACAUGCUAAUUCUUGCAUUAAUAUGAAUAUUUUUAGCACACAGGAACAGCAGGACAUGUGUGUCUCCUGUUAGUUGUGGGAAUGGAAGGUGUGCACUUAGUUUCCCAGAAACAGGAGGUGAUUGGUCUUGCUUGUGUGGAAUGUAGGACUAAAAGACUGCUAAUAAUUUAGAAAACAGAGAUGCCCUGGGAUAUGGGAUGCACGUGGGAUAAAUACUAGAGCCAAUAUAUUUUACUCUCUUUACCAGCUGAUUUGCAGUAGCUAUGUUGCUUAUUAAAGGAAUUAUGAGAAUAUCGCCAACUGAUAGCCUGUGAAAAGGUCAGGGAUCUGAUUGUGUGAUUGUUGCAAUCCAAGAAUAAGGAUUCACAGAAAUAAAGCAGCUUCAUGUCUGUAUAAACAUUUUAGAUAAAGAGAUGAAACAGCAGCAAGAUUGGCCAAGAAUCACGAGUAGUAUGGUUCAAGAUGCCUGCCACACUUCUCAACAAAUGGAAAACAGCAGUAACAAUCCAGAAAAAUACAUCAAGAAGCAGAUUAGCGCAGUUUCAUCUUCUGUCACUGUUGAUAAAGUUGUUACCAAUGCUUUAAGCAAAUUUUUAAUUCAAGGAUUUAGUUUUGUAUUUCUGUGAUCUUAGACUUUUGAUUUCUACUUGCCAGUGAAUUUUGUAUGCUUUGCAAUAUCUGACCUUUUUAACACCUGAGUCAAAACAUUGCUUUUAUCCACAUAGAUAUCUCAGGUAGUGACCACCCAGAAGAGCUAGUUUUUGCAUAGUUAUGCAUUCCAAGAGUUAGAUCACAGAAAUGGUAAAAUUAGGACAAAUUAAGGAAGAAAAUGAGAUCUAGUUUGCUUAUCUGCUUUGGGGAGAAUGUGAUUGACAGUGUCCUCAAUUCCAUCCAGUCCUGCUUUCAUAUGCAUUUAGUUGGCUUUAUUUUCACUAAAAUGUAUAACAGAAACAAUGAACAGUAUAUCUUUAGAUGGGAGGUCAUUGAUUAACCAGCAAUUGUACUCUUUUUAGUUGUUUUUUUUUUUUUAAAGAAUAUUUGUUACAUAUGUAAUGUACUGUACCAAACAGUCUCUUUCCUGUGCCAAACAUUCAACCACUUGGUCUUUAUAAUGUGCAAUUUAAAAAAAGUGCUGCUUUUUUUUUUUUCCUUCUUUUUCUGUCAUUGGAAAUAAGCAUUGUGACAUUGUAAACUACCUUUCUGUACAUGUACCUCUUACAGCUGCAAGUUCAGAACUUUAGAAAUGUGUAAGGGAAUUAGGUUUAAGGUUGUCUGUUUAUAAAUAUUAAUUGUACAGUUAAGUGAAAGAAAACAAAAUUUAAAGUAAUUAAAUUUUCUAGCCUUUUCUAAAUCUGAGAUUACUACAAACAUACUUAUUCUAAUUACAAUAUUAACAUGUUUCAUCUGAAUCAGUUUUCAGUAAUUUAUAGUUGGUUUUCUGUCAUAUGUUUCAAAUUCAAAUGGUGAUAAAUAUCUGAAAAUAUAAGAGGCUGUUAUAGUCAGCUUUGUCUUAAAACUUGAAAGAUUGUGAAAAGAAUCCACAUAUUCAAGGUUGUGACCUUUUAUUUAUAAAUAUUUUGCCAGCACACUAAAGUUACAGAGAAAGAUUAUCGUAGCAAGUGAUGUUUCAAAGGUUGUAAGAAAGGGGUCUGAUUACCCUGUUUUUUGUACAACAGCUUCAAAGCUUUAAACCAUUUUUCUGACUUCUUCAAUGGCAUUUGUGGUAGAUGUUGCAGAAUAUUUUAAAUCACAGUUUAAGCUUCAUUGGAAUUAAAUUAAUAUUGCAUUUAAAAAUAUUUGGUAAUUUUUGUAGUAGGCACAAAAUGUUUUUUUAAAUAUUUUUUUACAUUUAUUAUUUUUUUUUUAUAAUAUACUUUUUAUCCAUUGAAGGUAUUAAUAUUUAUAAAAUAUUUUUAUGUUUUCCUGCGUAAUUUGUUUUACACAAACUAUUUUAUAAAUAAAAGUAUUGAAAGACAGAAUUAGACAUAAUCCAGUACUAUUUCUGGUUCUUGAAAAAAAGAAAAUCACACAGGGCUGGUUUUGAUACUGAUUUUGUAACAGUUAAAGUCGACUGUCACUGUGAGUCAACUCUUGCAGUGAGCAUGGUGAAAAUGUGAUGUAUGAGACAGGCCAAAAUGUGUUGUAUCAGUAUGCAGCAAGCCUACCAGCAAGAUGUUAAAUUAGAAGUUUUGUUGGUGUGCUGAACACAUUUUUAAGGCCUUUUGAUGAGGGAUUGACAAAGACUGCAAAGGGAAUAGCAACAAAAUAAAGAUUUAAAGUAAGCAGUAGCUUACAGUUUACAUCACGCUUUUAUACAGAACACAGAUCAUGGUGUUGAUCAUAAUUAAUUUAAAAGGUUAUUGAUUAAAUAUACUUACAGUAAAAAGUAAAGUUAAUGAAAUAUAUAAGAGUUUAUACAGCAUAAAUGAAGACCAUAAAUAGUAGCUUAUCUUCUUAUGCAUAUUUGAAAGUUUUAAAUUACGAAUUUUGUGCAGAGCUAACUUUAAGUCAAUGAUCUUAUCUGGAAGAAAAGGGGUCGGUUGCUAUUCUUUUUUCUAAAGAUAAGUAGUGUGCCCUCCUGUAGCUUUUUAAUAUGCAGUUGUGAAGUUUUAGCAGCUAGAAAUGUGUCUGUAUAUAUUUGUCUGAUUCUCCAGUCUCAUGCUGUUGAGCUGAGAAUGUGAGCUGAUUACAAGAAAUUGUUUACAUACCAGAGACUGCAAAGAUGUAACUCCUGUCUUUUUAUUAUAAUUUCAAGAGUUAAACCACUAGAUCUGCACAGUUUAUUUAUGUCUAUAAAUAGAACACUACUUUUUUUUUGGUAUAUGAUGAAUUCUACUGUUUUAGACAAGAAAACGAUAGUCUUUUAAUUGAAUUCUAAGGUAGAUUCAUUGUGUGCAUACAGCUUCAAUCAGGCUUAUGUAAUAAAGUUUCUCCAUGAUCCUUGAAACAGAGGAUUUCACUUUCAGUAUAGAUUCUCUUAACUUCUUACAAAAGAAUAGUUUGUAGUUUUGGGUAUAUUUGCCUAUAAUAUACCUAUAAUGCUGACUUUAUUGUGCUUGUCAACAGCAUGUAACUCCAACAUUAUUGGGAAACAUUGCUUGAAGAAGUAGACACUAGACAAACUUAAAGCUUUACAACAACUUAUUAGGUGAUUGUCUUGCAUAAUGAUAUUUGUCUUCCUGUUAAGAAUUGUUGUUUACUUUAUUGAUUGAUUCUAAUAGCAGAUGCCCUCAAAUCAUGUUAAAUCAGGUUAAGACUCUUUCGACCUGUUAGGUAUGUUACUUUUUAUAUAACAUCUCAUAUAGUUAAAUGUGUGUGUAGAUGAUAUAUAAAUUACAUAUUUCUUUUAUGUCCUUUUUCUUAUACUUUAUUUCCUAUUCCUUUUCAAUUGUCUUGAAAACGUCUUGAGUUUGCUAGAUGAUCAUGGGACUGAGCAAUCUUUACAGGGGUUUCUAUCAGCUUCUGUGAAGCAGUAGAAGCAAGUUUUACAUUUUGUUUUAUUGUAGUGGUAAUCAUGCUUGCUCCCAUAAGAAGACUAAUGCUGCUGAUCUGAUCUCAUGGCUGUAUUUUUGGGCUGAUCUCUCACUGAGAUAGGUGUUGUGAGGGUUGGGUUAAUUUCUGUCUAUGUUGUUACAAACUUGCAAUUAAAACUAACAGAAAGAGAACAAGGUAUAACACUUUAUAUCUGUUUAAAACCCUUACAUUAUAAUGUUGAAAAAUGGUAGGAACACAAUUUGACCUUGUUGAAAGAAGUAGCAAAAAUUUUUUUUUUUGGGGGGAGGGGGGGAAAUUAGCUGUUGAAAAAAUACAUUUGUAUCCGUAGAAAGAAGAGCCGAUUUUGGUACCAUUGGAUUUUUUUCUUCGAUGAGGUAAAACUGCCAUAAAGUGCAUGGUUGUUAGUUCCUAUGUGUUUUAAAUCAUGAAAAAGGAGAAUCUUACAUGCAGCUAAUCCUGGGAUAUGGGCACUUUCCCCCACACACCCAUACAGACUAUCAAGCAACCCGUUUCUGUUAGUAGUGAUAAAAAUUCACUACUCGUGCACACUAACAAUUUUCUUGAUGGUCAUUGCCAACACAGACGUCAGCCAGUCAUCAUUUAUCAUUUUUUUUUUUUAAACAGCAGCUGAUUUAAAAAAAAAAGCCUGCUCAUGCUGUUAAAGCCAGUCACUGUAUACAGUAUGUACAAUGUGUAUCUUUUUAACACACAUUUUUGCCAUGUAUAAUUUUGUUAUCCAUGUAAUUAUCCAGAUACACCCCAUUUUUUAUGUCUUUUUUUUUUUUUUUUUGGUCCCUCUGGUACCCAGGUAGCAAUGAACUGUCCCAGAAGCCACUUAGUAUUUAUGUGACAGGUUUACUGUGUUUGCUGAGCGUAUGAAUGUAGACGGGCAAGUGUAAGCUAGAAUAUGCAUGUGUGUGAACAGAAGUCAUGGUAUGCCAGCGCAGGCACCCUCAUAUUGUCUGUAUGCACCUAUGCCAAUGUAUGUGAUGUGUGGAAAAGCCAAGACAUGAACUCACAGUGCUUAAAGUAACAGUUGGUUGGAAGAGACCCAUACGAACCAUAGCUUUUUAUUUGCAUGCUGUGUACACUUUCUUUCUGCUUAACUCUGUUAUUCACAAUAAUUCUCAUGAUGAUGACGGCUUGUCAUUUCACAUUUGUCAUCCUGCUGAUAUUUCUAGAAGCACCAAUGAAGCAAGACAGAAGCUGAGGCCUCCAAAAGGGACAUUUUUGUGUGUUGUAUGUUUGAUUUGAAAAUAAAGCCCUACAGCUAGUAUGUCUCAAAAGGUGUGGAAUGCCUGGUAUUCUGCAGGAAGCCUGCAGUAAAUGUCUGGAAGAUUUGUGCCGAAAAUGUCCAUGUAUCAUCAGUGCACCUUAGGCAGGUGUUACUGUUGGGAUGUCUGAACAAAUUUGUCAUAAUAAAACUACUCGAAUUCAUGGAC